AUUUGAGAAUGCAGACAGCUGAAUUUGAUCAGGAAAAUUGGAGUGAUGUGCAUAUUUGGAAAGGAAAUGAACAUGCAGAUAACAAUUGCAUUGAAGACAUAGAUAUGUUCUUGAUUGAUGAGUUGAUGGCUUCUGGUCCAAAUUUGGUAUCCAAUGCUGAGAAUGUGCCUUCAACAUCAGAAAUAGACAAGGCUCCCUGUCAUGAGCAGUGGAAACCACCUUUCAAACGACAGUUGUCAGAUCAGAAACUAGAAGAAAGGCGUGAAAAGAAAAGAAGAUCAGCAAAAGAAAGUCGAGAACGU